UCCUGCACCAGACAGCACAUGCGUGGCAGCCCGCACGCGUCCACUGCUGUCGUGCAGGAAACGCAGAGUCCUCCGGCCCGGCUCGCUCACCAGUCUCAAUCGCAAGGCUCCGAGGUCCGUGGCUCCUCGCUGUGGCUGUGAGCUGAACGCUCAGUGUGUGAUGUGCAGUGGACGUGCUCUCCCUCCUGCAGACACCCAACACCAGCUCCCCCUACUGGACCGACUGGCACAGUUUGACCCAUGCGUUCACCCCAUCCUCUCCUUUACAGACGAUGUGAUGAUGAAUCUCCACAUGCAGCGUGUGCUGAAGGGACACUGGCAGAAUCGUCCUCUUGAGAAGAUCAGGCCCAUCAAGAAGAUCUCGCUCAAGCAUAAGUUGUGUUUGAGUAGCCGUGUCUCAGACCUGUCAUCCAAAGACAAACACAAGCUCGCCAACUCUCUCCUCUCCACAGUCCGUUUGUCGCAUCAUAAGGUGCGCUCAGAGAAGGUCUCUCAGCAGCAGUUAGACAUCCCAAUCAGUGCCAUUAAACAUGAGUCUCGCCAGCAUUUCCGCCAGAGAAGUUCUUUUGACAGGAGUCACGGCCGCAAGAGACCUCGUGAACCCUCGCUGGACUGUACAGAGAAUGCUCCAAAGUCGAAUAUGGACAUGGGGAGUCCAUGUCCAUCUCUGUCCGCUCUAAACACGCCCACCCACAGCCCCCUGAUGAGACAGCCAUCAAUCUCCGAGACCUCCACACUCCUUCACCUCAACAGCAGUGCUGCCACUAUUCGCCGACGGAGAGGAGAGAGCCCCUUUGACAUCAAUAACAUCGUCAUCCCCAUGUCUGUGGCCGCCACCACCCGAGUGGAGAAACUACAGUAUAAAGAGAUUCUUACCCCGAGUUGGCGAGAAGUGGACAUUUUUGCAAAACCAAUAUCUGAAGAGGAUGAUGCAGUGGAGAUUGAGGAUCUCUCUGAUGUCACAUUCUCUCAGCUUCACUUUCCGUAUGAAGGGCAGGAGCGUUCUCGCUGGAGUUGGAGUGCCAGCAGCAUCGCAAAGAGAAGGGGCAGCAGGUCAUACAAGUCUGUGGACGGACGGACCACCCCCUUGCUGUGUGGCACACCGCAGCCCUCAUCUCCAGAGACGGCACAUUUCCAGGUGCUGAAUGAGUACUACUCGGUGGCAUCUCCAUCCAGCCCUGUCAGUCCAGAGAUGCUGAUGCUGUCUGGCUUUCACACGCCCGGCUCAAGAGACUCCCAACGGCUGCUGUCCAACGAGGACACGCGCUGCUCCACCCCAGAUACCUAUGAGGAAAUGCCGGUACAGCCAUGGGAAUGCCGGACAUUUCCGCUGGAUGUGGAUCCACAGCAGGAGAGCGAAAUCCAUCAGAGUCCAGCUGGCGAGAAACCCUGUAGGACCAUUCGACGGGUGUCCGGGUGCAGGUCGUCCAAGUCGGAGUCUGACACUGGGCCUUCAUCACCUCUUGGCGAUGACUGCACCAAGCCCAAACCUACUCACCAAUGAAGCCUAGACUGCCCACCCACCAGCUUUCAGAAACUCCUGAAACAGCAGCGACAUAGAUGAAAAAUGAAUAAAUAAAAAAAUGAAUGAAAGUCCCUGUUGUUUGAUAUUCAAACAUCAGUAAAUUCUUUCACGGUUUUUAGUGAAUUGUAUGGAGAUAUAUAUUAAGACCUGUUUUAAUUCAGUCUUGCUUUUGGGUCACUGAAGUAUUUAAAAAAAAAAAAAAAAAAAAAGAAAGAAAGAAAUUAGCUUGAGGGCUAAACCGAAAUAAGAAGCUCAGAAACGUAUCGUAUAUCGCUGAAGAGCACUUCCCCCUUAGCAUGCUGUUGUACUGAGGGGCUCAGCUUGCAUUGUGUGUGGUAUCUUUCAGAUUUUUUCAAUAUCCCACAUAAAAUUAACCGUUCAGCCUUUAAGUUUAUACUGGAGUGAUAAAAACAUUGAACUAAAGCCAAUAAUAAUGAUUAAUUGAGACUUCUGAGAAGGUCCAGAUGCCUGUCUUUGUUUUAUCUGUGUGAAAGCACUUCAUUUCUCGACACAUUCCCUGCUUCUUAUUUUAACAGACAACCUUCCCCGUAUUUGAUGCCUGGGAAUUGCAUAAAUUCCAAUAUCUGGACUGAUUUGUCCCAUGUUCUCGUGAAUAAUGUGGUUUGUCUGUGCCCCACUUCUGUCAAAGUGACGUGGAGAGAACAGGUGCCUUCAUCGCAGCCAGAAAACGAAAGUGAUGUGUUGCUCUCAUGUGCUUUUUACAUGCCUCCGUUAGAUUAGAGCAGGAAAUUGGUGUCUUGCACGACAGAUGUCCGUAACCUUACAAUCAGCACCUGAAUUAACAUGCGCUGGACGCUAACAUUUGAGACUAGAUUCCACUCGCUGCAGCUCUGUAACUUAUCACUGUGUAAACAGUGUAAUUUCUCGUGUGGGUGUGAAUUUUGAAGCGCUUGACAUUGCUGUGCAUGAUCAGGUUAGUCCAGAAUCACUCCAAUAUAAACUGAAAUGUGCUGCCACUUGUUUUGUUUUAUUUUUUGACUUGGCUCCAACCCCAAGAGCUCUUCCAAUCUGCAAUACCUACAGACAUCGUUGAAUCCCAUAACUUUAUGUUUGAGUAAUAAUGUUAACUGGAGUGCUUGAUAGGAAAGGCUCUUCAGUUGCAUAGAUCCGUUUUUCCAGCAAAUGAGGAACGAUUUCUGUUAGUUCCCCGGUCAGUGAGUCAGUGCUUGCAACUCCCUCCUGUUAUUUUUAACUAAUACGAAUGUACUAGUAUAAUAGCGGACACCAGUUACUUAAGAUUUUUAUAAGUAGCUUCUCUGUAUCCGUCGUCAUACGUUUCUAGCUAUUGUAGCCAUUUGUUCUCGUUUAAGGGGUGUCAUGUAAACCAGAAAUCCUUAAUAUAUUCCUUUUCACUGGAGUGUAACAGCGUUCGUAGUGUCAGAAAAAUCUCAUCUGUUGAGGUUGUGUGGCAAAUCAUAAGGGGACCUUCCAAGACUGUCCCAUUUCCUGCUGAGAAACCCGCCGCCCCUUUUAUUCUUAACAUCAUUAAUUAUGGUUUAAUGUCUCUCUGUCUCUGUGGGGGUCUGUGUACUUAUCAGGCAAAUGUACCAUAAGGUUUGACUAGCUUUCAAAAGCCAAUAUUGUAUCGUGUGAGUUAUUUUCAUACUUUGAAUUUCCAAUGUGGUGAAUGAGGGUUGGGUGAGUCUGGUAUAUCCUUUAGCAUGUAAUAGUUUGUACAAAACAACAACAGAAAGUUUAUUUUGUACAUACCUUGUUUGAUUCUUUACUGUGUUUGAUGUUCAGGCUCUAGCUGUCCUGAUUGUCUAGGGAGAAGACACAUGAGAAUAUUUAACACUUUCUUUAUGGAGAAACAACAUGAGAAAAAAAUAAGUUUAUGGAUAAUUGGCCAAUCUGACAGACAGGCAACGUUUGUGCUUCUCAAAUUAAAAUUGAAUUAUAUUGUA